AAUAAAAUAAAAUAAAAAGAACCGUACAGUAUUAGCUUAUUAUUGCAGAGCACAGAGUGCGUGAUCACAUUCUCUCUUUCAGAAACCAACAUACAUGUCCGCACAUACUCUGUGUAUCGGCUUAUGAAUAUAUACAAAGCUCGAUCUCGAGAUUAAACUUCAAAAGUCGAAUCUAAAGAGGUGCAGAUGCAGUGGACAGGGAAGAGUGAGCUUGGAUCUGAAGGGAGAAGUGAAAUGAGAUGAGAGUUUCGUUUGGUGGAAAUCGAGGAUUCAGAGAUGAAGUUUUACAUAUCGGCGACGGGGAUUAAGAAAGUUACGAUUUCGAAUUCUGGUUCCGUUGAAGGCGGAGAAGUUUUCGCCGGCGGGAUGAAGGCAAAAGGAUCGCCCCGUAUCGGUCGGCGGAUAUCUCACAGGGCGGUGAUGUUUCCGGCAAUAUUAACGCUUUUGCUUUUUUCCUUUCUCUUCGUCAGAAUCGCUUUUCUCUUCCUUGAAUCCGCUGCCAUUUGCUCCACCUCUCUCGGCUGUCUUGGAUGGAGAAUUUUCGGCGGGAGUGAUUCGGCUCUGCUCAGAGAAGAGCUGACGAGGGCACUGCUGGAGGUCACAAGCAUUGAUGGUGAGAAUGGAAUUGGGGGAAUGGAGGGUUUAACUCCAGUUACAGCCUCAUUCAAUGACCUUGUUAAGGAAAUGACUUCAAAUAGACAUGAUAUCAAGACCUUUGCUUUCAAGGCUAAAGCUACGAUGUUGAAGAUGGAACAGAUGGUUCAAUCAGCUAGGAAGCAGGAGUCCAUUUACUGGCAUUUAGCUUCUCAUGGUGUACCCAAAUGGAUGCAUUGUCUUUCUCUCAAGCUGGCUGAGGAAUAUGCAGUGAAUGCUGUGGCACGAUCUCGCUUACCUGCACCAGAAUAUGUUUCCCGCCUCACUGACCCUUCUUUCCAACAUGUUGUUCUACUAACAGACAAUGUGCUUGCUGCCUCUGUUGUAAUCUCCUCUACCAUCAAAAGCUCAAUGACCCCAGGGAGGAUGGUGUUUCAUGUAGUGACUGAUAAGAAAACAUACACUGCUAUGCAUGCAUGGUUUGCAAUGAAUUCCAUUAACUCAGCUGUUGUGGAAGUAAAAGGCCUGCACCAAUAUGAUUGGCCUCAUGAUGUGAAUAUUGGGAUUAAGCAGAUGCUAGAGAUUCAUCACUUGAUUUGGGGCCACAAAUUUGAUAGAAUCAAGGAUGAAGUUGCUGCAUUUGAUGAUAAGCUUGACAAGGAUCUAGAUUAUCAAUGGCCAACCAGCAUAUCCCUUUUGAAUCACCUCCGCAUUUAUAUCCCUGAGCUCUUUCCAGAUCUGAACAAGAUUGUAUUCUUGGAUGAUGAUACUGUUGUUCAACAUGACUUAUCAUCUCUGUGGGAUUUAGACCUCAAUGGCAAAGUUGUUGGUGCAGUUUUUGAUUCGUCGUGUGGAUAUGGAUGUUGCCCUGGAAGAAAAUAUAUGGACUAUUUCAAUUUCACAAACCCAUUCAUAUCAUCCAAGUUAAAUUAUGAUCAGUGUGGAUGGCUUUAUGGAAUGAACCUCUUUGACCUCCAAGCAUGGAGGAAGGAAAAUAUUACCGCAACUUAUCAUCAAUGGCUUAAAUAUAACCUCAACUCUGGUUUUGAAUUAUGGCGUCCUGGAGCACUUCCGCCUGCUUUAAUAGCUUUUGAGGGUAAGGUGCAGCCAAUUGAUCCUUCAUGGCAUGUUGCUGAAUUGGGUGAUCGAUUUCCACAAGUUGAAGAAUCAGUGUUGAAAGCUGCAGCUGUAAUACAUUUCAGUGGACCAGCGAAGCCGUGGCUUGAGAUUGCAGCCCCUGAGAUACAAAGCUUGUGGAGCCGAAAUGUAAAUUUCUCAAAUGAAUUUGUCAGGGAUUGCGGAAUUGUGAGCACAAGGGCAAAGAGGGCGUAAGUCUCUCCUCACUUGUGCUCCAAUUCGUUCGAAAAGAAGUUAUCAGAGAAAUAGUUUGAGUCAGGGGGAAGAAGGUAUUGCCUUCAGUCUCUGCUUAUACUACUGAGAUUGUUUUCCUUGUCCAUAAAAUAGGGAAUAGAUGAAGGUAGCAGCUGGUAUAAUACCCCUAUACAGUCUAGAAAUCUGACUUUCACGACAUCGAUAUAUAUCUUCUAGCAUGUCAUUAUGAGUAAAUAGAACACUAUAAUUCUGGUUCUUAGUCGACCAAUAUGGCAAUAUAAUGCUUUAUUUCAUCGUUUUUUUUA